AUGCCCAGCACUCGCUCCCAGCUCCGCUCGCAGCCGCAGCUGCCGUUCCCGCGCCGUAAGUCGUGCCGCGCUCCGACUCGGACGCAGAAGACGGAGCCGCCGUCACCGGUGAAGGACCAGGAUGUUCCUCUGUCUCCACGGCAACCAGUCUCCCUGACUCCUCUGUCUCCAAGGCGACCGAAGCCACAGCUGCCGGCGUCACCCCGCCUCCAGGCCCGGGUCCCACUGAGCCCCAGGAAGCGUACGGGAGACGAGAACGGCUGCAACGUCCCUCUGUCCGGAUCCUCUCCUCCGAAGCAGAGCAGACCGACCCUCGGCUUCAGUCCAGACUCUGAGAACUCACCAUGUGCAGCAAGGCGUCAACUGGUCCCGACGGCAUCUCCACGGAAACCAGCCACCAGCCCCGCCCCUAAAGCAUCGCCACGGAGACAGGAGACGCCCACAGGAAGUCCCCACAAGUCCAGGAUCCAAGCGCAGAGGAAGCCACCGGUAGUUCGCCUGUUCUCAGACAAGUCCCGGUUCCUGGGGGUGAAGCAGGCCCUCCACACAGCGGUCCCUGAACGCCUCUUGUCCCGUGACACUGAACGCAGCACGAUCCGCAGCUUCCUGCAGGAGAGGGUUCUGAAGAAGAGGGCGGGAAGUCUGUACAUCUCCGGAGCUCCAGGGACCGGGAAGACCGCCUGCCUCAACUGUGUCCUGAGGGAGAUGGAGUCGGAGCUGUCGUCGGUGCAGACGGUGGUGAUGAACUGCAUGACUCUGCGCAGCUCUCACUCAGUCUUCUCUGUUCUGUCUGAGAAACUGAAGACCACAGGAGGCCAGAGCGGACUCACCAAGCUCCUCACGGCCCCAGGGAGGACUGUGUUUUGUGUUUUGUGGUGUAAUGUGUCCGUCUGGCCGACAGUGGGCGCUCUGUCCUCGGCCCUCACUCUGUCUCCGGGUGCUGGUUCCUGCUGCUGGGUCCCUGUCGGUCUGGUUGCUUGGUUCUCUCCUGGUUCUCCCUCCGUUCUGUCUCCUGGUCCUCUGCUGGUCCUCUGCUGGUCCUCUGCUGGUCCUCCCCUGGUCCUCUGCUGGUCCUCCCUGGUCCUCACCUGGUCCUCCCUGGUCAUGGCCCUCAGUCCUGCAGCGCUGCGGGGGUUGGUGGUGGAGCGGCUGGUGGCUGCGGCAGACGAGAUCUUUGCGCUGUUCGAGCGGACGUUUGCGGAAUACGAGCACCAGCUUCUGCGCACGAAGCAACUGCAGCACAGAGAAGACUACAACACCACAGACUACAACAACCCCGCGCCACAGAACGGACACUUCCUGUUUCCUUCGGCUGUUGUUAAAAUCGAGGAUGUGAACAGCAGCUCGUCUUUCCCUCAGAACUCAGUGUCUCUGGUCAAAGCUGAGGAGGAACCCGGCUGCAGCUCAGACCUCCCCCCUGAUCCCCAGGACACACCUUACAGCUGCUCAGAGCCCCAGGACACACAGCCUUACAGCUGCUCAGACCAGUCCGAGGAGGAGCAGGGUGCGCAGGACGAGCCGGCAGCCACAGACGGAGACAUCCCGGCUCUGUACAAAAGCCUGUUCUUCCCCGAAGCCGGAGCCAGCGCCUCUGCGCCCGAACCGACCAAUCAGAGCGCGGCGUGUGCUCAGAGACGGGCGCCACACGGUCCCCUGCGCUGCCCCAUCUGCAGCAAGAGCUGCCGCAACAACUCAGGCCUCAUGAAGCACAUGGGCGUCCACACGGAGGAGCGACCUUUCAGGUGCUCAGUCUGCAUGAAGGGCUUUAACCAGAAGUGUAACCUGAAGCGCCACAUGGCCACGCACUCUCAGGAGAAGUCUUUCAGCUGUCCAGAGUGCGGCCUGCGGCUGAAGCAGCAGCACAACCUGCUUCGCCACAUCUCGGCCGUGCACCGCGGCGUGCGGCCGUACAGCUGCCCGCUCUGCGACAAAGCCUUCGCCCAAAAGACCGUCUUCAUCAUCCACAUGCGCACGCACACCGGCGAGAAACCUUUCAGCUGCUCAGUCUGCAGGAAGCGCUUCAGAGACAAGUGUCACCUGAAGAGACACGUGAAGACGCACGGACAGCUGGAGGUGAGGGACGACGCCCGCCACUCUGUCUGA